CUCCUCACCAUUCUCCCGUCCGCCGCGCAGCACCGCAGUUCCCCCCCCCCCUUCUCGGCACCGCAGUCCAGUUCCCCCCAAACCCUACUCAUUCACGCAUUUCUUAUCGACAGUAAGCCCCUUUACAUCCCCUUUCGCAAUGUCGGCCGCCAGCACCGAGACUAGCACCCCGCUGCCCACCGCCGGCAGUCGCGUCUUCUUCCAAGCUGCGCCCGGGGUGGGCUGCGUGGGGUCCGGCCCCAUCACCGGGGACGACCCGGUCCAGAAGAAACAGGGCAAAGUGACGGUCAAGUACGACAGGAAGGAGCUGCGGAAAAGACUCGUGCUGGAGGAGUGGAUCAUCGAGCAGCUCAGCGAGUUGUAUGACUGCGAGGAGGAGGAGAUGCCAGAGGUGGAGAUAGACAUCGAUGACCUGUUGGAGGUCAACAGUGACGACGAGAGAGCUAGCAAACUGCAGGAAUCAUUAAUAGACUGCUACAAACCAACAGAGGACUUUGUCCGCGAGUUGCUGGGCAGGAUAAGGGGAAUGAGAAAACUCAGUGCGCCAACCAAGAAGGGCCUAUAAUGGCUGUCAUGUCAACCAUCAAUCAACCAUAAACUACAUCAUCUCAGCUCCACCGGCUUAACCCACUCAACAUGGACUGUCAUCACACAGAAUAACAUUAGUAACUAUUCCGCAACCCGCAAACAUGCACCAUAAAAUCCAGGCAUAUAGCACUAGUCAUUAAUCUCACAAUCACAUAAAAUAACAAGGUGUAUUAUAAUAUUUGACUGUUGAAAGGUACGUUGAGCAAAAGCAGAGCCAACAUGGUGUAAUCUCAUACAGCUACAAGAAAAUGUCGAAACCCUGCAAACGUGCCAGAACUGCGACUGUGCUUUAACAUGAAUACCACCUAAUGCCACAUUUCAGAGCCAUGUUAAAACUUUUCAAGCCGAUGCUGUAAUCCCAAACAGCCAUACAGACCAAGACACCAGUAAAUCUCAAAAAGGGAGGUGGAAAAAAAUAAUGUUUGUACUGCAGUAGGUGUGAAAUUAGUUGUAGCACUAUGUAAACACAGUGCUUCAUGAUUUUGUCUUUUCUACUGAGGUGUUUUGCUGUUACUUCUUUUUAAAAAAAAAUGUACUGUAUGUUGGCAUUUAUUGUUCACGUGAUUGAGAUGUGGUCUACGGCAGUUUUUGUUUUGUCCUACUUCAAAGUCAACCUCCCUCUCCUUACUCAGUCAGUGCUUGCAAAUGUAUGGGGAGCUCUGUAGUUUUAUUUUUAGCACAAGGCGUUAAUACAUCAAUUCUGUCCUUUUGUGAUGUGUAAAUUUCUGGAAAGAGUGGGGACAUUUUAGCUAAAAGGCUAAAAUAGUGUGAAGAUUUUUGCUUUGUAACCACUGUUCUAAUACACUUUUAACCACAGCAAGGCAUGAUGGGUGUUGCAGUUCUCUGUAUGACUCUACAACACCUGUAUGAUUGGCAGCCUUUCACUUAUCAUGUUACACAUUGUUGUUCAUUGCUAUCCCUCAUCAGAUUACAUAUCAGUUGGUUGUUUAGGUUUAAGCACAAAGCCCAAACAUUUUAGUUGUUUCACUUAACUCUGCUAACUAGCCUCUCUAAUAAUGGUUGAUGUUGCCUUUAAGGACAUUCAGGAUCAGUUCACCUUUCACUCAGCACUGAACCUUAACUACUGACAACCUAAAGGCAAAUAAGGUUGAGUCAGAGCCUGAGGACAACUUGAAACUCUGACACUUAAACCUGUCAGGUCCUGCAAGGGAAGGUGUGCCAAAACUGGGAGUAUUACAUCCUAACUGUUACACGUCAUGGAGGUGUUAGCGUGACACCGCGUUUGUUUGUUAAGUUUUUGCGAAACAUCGUCGAGUGGGUGCAGAAUUUUAGGAUGCUUAAAACUUUCCCAGGUUUGCUUAGAAUAAGUUGUAAUUGCAUAAUUAAGAGGUGGAUUUAGUUAUUUAUUGUUAUUAAUGACCUUCUGUGCACCAACACAUUCAAAAACCCGUAAGCUCUGGUACAAUCAUGACUCUUAUGGGGUUGGGCCCAGUUUCAUUUCCAAGCAGUCAAUCUUGAACCAACUGGAAUGGAGCAGAGCUAAACCUGCCAUGUGAUAUAGAUAUAUUAUAUAAACCCUCAGCUGCCAAAGACAAAAGCAGGGCAAUGUUUGAUUUUAACAUAACACUUGCAAAGCACCCGUCUUGCAUGCUAACAACAGAGAAAACAUUGAUAAAGAGUAUAGAUAUUAUAAACUUAUAAUCAAGCAAAAAAUACUUUUUUGACUUAGUUACCAUGUACGACUUUGUAGAACUUUUUGUGUUGAAACAACGUGACUGUCACGUUGGAGAGAAUCCAGGAAAAUUUUUAAAAUGGUGCUGUUUUUGAUGUUCUUCCCAGGUUUCGGUUGUAUAAAAAGCGUUUUCACUGUCGACUGAUGCCAGAGAAAUGUGUCUGAGAGAAAUACAGUAUGUCUGUCUUUACUGAUGGAGUGUAUACAGUCUAAAGUGGCGUCCUCUUUGCAUUUCCUCCCCUCAGUGUCACCACACUCAGCUAGCAGUGGCUGAUUUGUUUAAAGUGAUCGUGUGUUUUCCAGAUCAGUGAGAGGGAAGGGAAAAUUGAAGAGGAAGCCAUUAUAGUCAGCUGAUGUGCACCCAGGAUUCGUGUCGAGGUACUCCAUAGGAUUUUCUCUUUCAAGAAACAGUUCAGGGGCAAUAGGCUGAUAUUUUAUAAUUUAUGGGAUUUCAUGUGGAGAGUAUUUUGAGAGUGUCCAUACUAGAAAGCUUUACAUUUGCAUGUAUUUUUAAAGUAGCAUGUUGAAGGGAACAUUUUGUUGGCCCAAAGGUUUUUAUUUCACAAAAUAGAACACUUUCCUUUUUAUACCUUUAUUAUUAUUAUCAUUAUUAUUAUUAAGACUAAAAUAUUCAGUUUUUCAGCUGCAGUUUUGUUUUUCUGUACAUCCACAAUAAGCGUUCUUGUUUUUAAAAUGUAAUGUGAUGUGUGGUUUGUUUUUGCUGAUAAUAAAAAUGCAGAAUGACUCUGUACUGUUUAAACAGA